AUGGGGCCCCUGGAAGCAGGAAGCAAAGAAAACCAGACUGAUGAAACGAAAGUGGAGCUGUUCACCAAGCUGUACUUGCCAAGGUACACCACACCGCUCAAUGAAUUGGCUCUGGACCCUAAACCAGAACUGAAGGACAGCACAACGCUAGUUGAAGUGCAGAUAAUCCUCAUCUUUGCUUACUGCUCCAUCAUCCUGCUGGGGGUGAUCGGCAACUCCCUGGUGAUCCACGUGAUCAUCAAGUUCAAAAGCAUGCGCACAGUGACAAACUUCUUCAUUGCCAACCUGGCUGUGGCUGACCUGCUGGUGAAUACAUUGUGCCUGCCCUUCACUUUGGUUUACACGCUGUUGGGCGAAUGGAAGCUGGGCCCAGUCUUGUGCCACCUGGUGCCUUAUGCCCAGGCUCUUGCUGUGCAUGUCUCUACUGUUACUUUGACUGUGAUCGCUUUGGAUCGGCAUCGCUGCAUCAUCUACCACUUGGAAAGCAAAAUCUCUAAGCGGAUCAGCUUCCUGAUUAUAGGAGUUGCCUGGGCAGUCAGUGCCCUGUUGGCAAGUCCUCUGGCCAUCUUCCGUGAGUACUCACUGAUUGAAAUUAUUCCUGACUUCAAGAUUGUGGUCUGCUCUGAAAAGUGGCCAGGGGAGGGGCAGCUCAACUAUGGCACCAUCUACAGCGUCUCCAUGCUCCUGAUCCAGUACGUGCUGCCUCUGGCGGUCAUCUCCUAUGCCUACGCCCGUAUUUGGACCAAGCUCAAGAACCACGUUAGUCCUGGGUCGGGGAACGACCACUACCACCACCGGCGACAGAAAACCACCAAGAUGCUGGUGUGUGUGGUUGUGGUGUUUGCUGUCAGCUGGCUGCCAUUUCACACCUUCCAGCUAGUCAGUGACAUUGACAGUCAGGUGUUAGACCUGAAAGAGUACAAACUGAUCUACACAGUGUUUCAUGUAAUUGCCAUGUGCUCAACAUUUGCUAACCCCCUCCUCUACGGGUGGAUGAAUAACAACUACAGGACGGCCUUCCUCACGGCCUUCCAGUGUGAACAGCGACUGGACUCCAUCCACCCUGAAGUAUCAGCAGCUUUCAAAGCCAGGAAGAAACUAGAAGCAAAGAGGAUUCAAUUCCCUGGAGACUCUUUCACGCAACCUACCAAUGUCUAAGAUGUCUGACUUUAAAGAAGAAAUUAAUAUGUCAUGGACAAAGGAAUAAAUCCAUUUUGACACAUGCAUUUUAAAUGCAUAGUUUUAUUCAUAAAUGGUGAAAGAAGAGUAACAGGAAAGUCAAGUCAGGUGGUAUGAUUUGAGGGGAGCUGAAUGACAUCGAGAGUAUGUAACCAUACGACUGUAAGGAAAUAAAAGGGAGAGACUUUGUUUAUGGCUGCUACUUUUACAGGGUAAGAGACGCUCCCAUCCCUCCCAUCUCUUUUUGACAAGUCUAAAUGACAAAGGCAGAGUCUGCUGGUUUUGCUAUAGGAAGGCAAACAGCUGACUUGUAGCACAGGAAUAUUGAUGGUGGGAGUAGGUAAUUUUUAUAUUGGAUAAGGAGAUCAGGGAGAGCCGAAGUCUGCCAGGAGAAUGAAGUCUGUCUGGGGAAAAUUGGCUGUGCUGGUUAAAACUCAAACUUUUCAGACCCCUUCUCUCCCACGGGCAUCUUUUGCAAAGAUAAAGGAAAUAGGAAGAUAAAUAUGUUACUGUUUUUUUGACUUGUACUGAAGUACUUCCAUUUGAAAUGGAAUAGCGGGGAAAAAAAGAAAAAAGAACGGGAACCCCCCACCCACACCCAAACAGCAGAUUCAAUGUGAAGAAAGGUCAAGUUUCCACAUAAAAUGGAAUGUGGGUUUUGGUCAGUCAAAUGGGGUAAAAAGUCAUUCCUUAAGAACGAGCUGUGGUUAUGCUGGUGAGAUAUUCGCAAGCCUGUGAUCUGAUCAGUCAUUCCCUGCAGAUCCCUACCUUUCAUUCUGCUCUGGGAACGGUUCACAAACACACUGCUGUAAAGUGGCAGGGGACGCAGGCUCAGCUCUUCUAUGAGCACUUCAUAAACCGCCAAUAUUUUAAUUUUCAGGUCCUGCUUAAAUGUCUAAUGUGUUAUUAACUUCACAGGCUUUGAAUUGUUGCUGCUUUCUCCCUGGAUAAUAAAACAGCAGAUAAUUUUGAUCUUCUGGAAAGGCUGCUAGAUGGUAAUGUGCUUUUCCUGAUUGUGGUUUUAUGUCACACACUCAUCUCGUCUUGGAGCUUUUUCCAUCUUUAGCAUUUGUAAAAAUUAAGAACAUCUGAAUGACUGUAACCUAAUAACACUAUGCUAGGUUUAUGUGAUAACUUAUCAGUUAUUCUGCAUGCCUGUAGUUAAUAGUUAAAUUCCUUUUUUUUCUCAGGUAUAAAAUUUUAAUCUGUUUACUGUGUCGUGCACAGCAAUGUUCAACUCUUCUGUGUCUUUUUUUAGCCUCUUUGAACUCAUUAAAGGGAUGAAGAGAAUUUCAAUCCAUGUUUAUUCCAAGCUGCCCUGUUGCUUAUAUAGAAUAAAAAUAAGCGUAAUACUUUCACUUGGAGUUUCUUUCCACAGUUACAUUUCAGCUGCCUCAUUUUUUUUCUCUCAAUUUUUCAUUGUUCCCAAAUCCAUUUUGUCUCUCUUACAAAUGAAAACCCAACAAAACUCCAGUACUGAAGUGUUAGCAAUGUAAUGAAUGGUGUCAGAUCUUUAUCAAGUGGGGAAAUUUGUCUUUGUGUAUGCAGUAUUUGGCACCAUCCUUUAAAUUUCCAUGAAAUCAUUUGGACUUGGAUUUUCAGGCACAGAGAAGGGAGGUCUAGAGAAUUAGCUAGUGUUUACUCAAGCAGGAAAAAGUAUCCAUCAUUCUUAAACAGUUUUACAAAAAUAGAUUAAUUCUCAACCUUGUUGAGAAUAUGAUAUUGUCCACAAGUUAUUUUUGCCCAAGUAUUAAUAGUAUCCAAAGUUUAAGCUCAAAACUGCUGUGGGUGAGGAAGGAUUAUAGAAGUGUGCAAUUAUUAUGGAUAUCAAUCAUACGUAUCAGUUACAGUUGACUCUGAACCCAUCAUAAAAGUAUUAUUACCACAAAUAGCCUCCUUUAUUUAAAAAUCAAAUGGUUUAAAAGUUCUGCUUCAACUCUUUUAAGCCUGUUAGAGUGUGGUAUAUAGAUGGUUUUGAAGGAACCAUGACAGUGUAUGCUAAAGCUACAAUUGCUGGGCUAAUUCUCCAUAAUUUUAAGUCUGCUUUAUGUCAUUCUGUAUAAAAAUGAUUAAUUACAAAUUAUCUUUCAGUCUA